GUGAUGUCCGAGGAAAGAUGGCGGAAGGAGGAGCGGCGGAUCUGGAUACCCAGAGAGGAGAGGUCGCGGCACUGUUGAAAACACAGCUGAGGAAGGGAGACACUUGGUACCUGGUGGACAGUCACUGGUUCAAACAGUGGAAGAAAUAUGUGGGGUUCGACAGCUGGGACAAAUACCAGAUGGGUGACCAGAAUGUCUACCCGGGACCGGUUGAUAACUCUGGCCUCCUCAGAGACGGGGACGUGCUGGCCAUCAAGGAGCACCUCAUCGAUGAGCUAGACUACAUCCUGGUCCCCACGGAGGGCUGGAACAAGCUGGUCAGUUGGUACGCGCUGUCCGAGGGUCAGGAGCCAAUCGCACGCAAGGUGGUGGAGCAGGGUAUGUUUGUGAAGCACUGCAAGGUGGAGGUGUACCUGACGGAGCUGAAGCUCUGCGAAGACAGCAACAUGGACAACGUGAUCACCAGACGCUUCAGUAAAGCUGACACGAUAGAUAUGAUAGAGAAGGAGAUGAGGAAGCUGUUCAGCAUUCCCGACGAGAGGGAAACCAGGCUGUGGAACAGGUACAUGAGCAACACGUUCGAGCCGCUCAACAAACCUGACAGCACCAUCCAAGACGCCGGCCUCUACCAAGGACAGGUUCUGGUAAUAGAGCAGAAGAACGAGGACGGCUCUUGGCCCCGAGGCUCCACAGCACCCAAGUCAUCCGGUGCUUCCAAUCUCUCUGCUUUGCCAAAGAUCUCGCCUUCAUCUCUCACAAACAAUCAUAACAGCAGCUUCAACAGCAGGAAUGUGAAGAAUUCAAGCUACAGUCUUCCAUCCUACCACCCCUACAGUAACAGCUAUGACUACUCGGAACAGGGCAGGCAGAGCGAGCGCUCGGGCCUCUGUGGACUCUCCAACCUGGGCAACACCUGCUUCAUGAACUCUGCUGUGCAGUGUUUAAGCAAUAUCCCUCCACUGACGGAGUUCUUCCUCAAAGACAAGUACACGGACGAGCUGAACGAGGACAACCCGCUGGGAAUGAAAGGGGAGAUUGCUAGAGCCUAUGCUGAGCUUAUCAAGCAGCUGUGGUCGGGCAAAUUCAGCUAUGUCACCCCGAGGCCUUUCAAGACCCAGGUGGGCCGCUUUGCCCCCCAGUUCUCAGGCUACCAGCAGCAGGACUCGCACGAGCUGUUGGCCUUUCUCCUGGACGGCCUCCACGAGGACUUGAACCGCAUCAGGAAGAAGCCUUACAUCCAGCUGAAGGACGCGAACGGCAGGCCCGACAAGGUGGUGGCGGAGGAGGCGUGGGAGAACCACAUCAAGAGGAACGACUCCAUCAUCGUGGACAUCUUCCACGGCCUUUUCAAGUCCACGCUCGUGUGUCCUGUGUGCGCCAAGGUCUCCGUCACCUUCGACCCCUUCUGCUACUUGACGCUGCCACUUCCCAUGAAGAAGGAGCGGACGCUGGAGGUCUAUCUGGUCCGACUUGACCCUCUGGCCAAACCCACACAGUACAAGCUUACCGUGCCGAAGGUGGGCUGUAUCUCUGAGCUGUGCACCUCCCUCUCCAGCCUGUCUGGGGUUCCUGCUGAGAAGAUGAUUGUAACUGACAUCUACAACCACCGCUUCCACCGGAUCUUCGCCACCAACGAGAACCUCAGCAGCAUCAUGGAGAGAGAUGAUAUCUACGUAUUCGAGGUGGCGGUGAACAGGGUGGAGGACACGGACCACGUGGUGAUCCCCGUGCACCUGAGGGAGAAGUACAAACAGUCAGGCUACAACCACACCAGCACGCCGCUGUUCGGACAGCCCUUCCUAAUCGCUGUGCCCAGAACCCUGAGUGAAGACAAACUCUACAACAUGCUGCUACUGCGCCUCUGCCGCUUUGUGCGAUCUUCUGUAGAGGAGGAAGAGGAGGAUUGUGAAGAGACGCAGCCACCCAAACAACACACUGUCAAUGGUAACGCCACUAACGGACUGCUGGAGGAGGGGUCACCAAGUGAGAUGGAGACUGACGAGCAGGACGACGAGUCCAGCCAGGACCAGGAGCUGCCCUCAGAGAACGACAACAGCCAAUCGGAGGACUCGGUGGCCGGCGACAACGAGCUGGAGAACGGCGUAGGCGGGCCGCAGAACUGCACCAAAGGCCCACAGACGGCCGAGCACACCAGGAAGAGACUUUUCACAUUCCAGUUCAACAACAUGGGCAAGACGGACUUCUCGCUCAUCAAGGAGGACACGAGGCAGAUCCGCUUCGACGAGGGACACCUCCGACUUAGUGACCGCUCCUAUCUCUCCUUGGACUGGGAACCAGAGAUGAAGAAGAAGUACUUUGACGAGACUGUUGUCGAGGACUUUGACAAGCACGAGAGCAUGGACUACAAGCCCCAGAAGAAGGCUUUCUUCAAGCUGAAGGACUGCAUCGAGCUGUUCACCACAAAGGAAAAGCUGGGAGCAGAGGACCCAUGGUACUGUCCAAACUGUAAGCAGCACCAACAGGCCACCAAGAAGCUGGAUCUGUGGUCCCUGCCGCCGGUGCUGGUGGUCCACCUGAAACGCUUCUCGUACAGCCGCUACAUGAGGGAUAAACUGGACUCGCUUGUUGACUUCCCACUGAGGGAUCUGGACAUGUCCGAGUUCCUGAUCAACCCCAACGCUGGGCCGUGUCGCUACGACCUCAUCGCUGUGUCGAACCACUAUGGUGGAAUGGGAGGAGGCCACUAUACUGCUUACGCGAAUAACAAGGACGAUGGAAAGUGGUACAACUUUGACGACAGCAGCGCGUCUCCUGCCAACGAAGAUCAGAUUGUGUCCAAAGCAGGCUAUGUGCUGUUCUACCAGCGGCAGGACACAGUGAAAGGCACAGGCUACUUCGCUCUGGACCGCGAGGAGGAAGAUGAGGAAGAGGAGGGAGAGGAGGAGGGGGAGGAGAACCAGAACGAGGAGGAGGAGAGGCCGGAGAGGAAGACCGCCUCCGCCUCCUCCUCCUCCACUCAGGGGGCCUCCUCCUCCGCCUCCGGGGUUGAUGCGCAGAAUGACGAGGAGGACCCGAACAAGAACCGGUGCAGGAAGAAUGACAAUGAUCAGAAAGAGGAGGAGGGGGAGGAAGACGAGGAGGAGGAGGAGGAUCAACAGGCGCCCAAUCGAGAGGCCGCCAUGAAAACCAACUGAAGUUGACGCAGGGGAUGCGGAUCAAUGGAGAGAGAGAGAGAGAAACUGGGAUCUUUCCAUCCAAAGCCAUAUGAACUCAGCAUGGCAGCGGGCGCCACUGGCUCCUCCCAGCAGCCCCGACCCGGCCGCUCCAUAGGCGGAGCCGCUGUCGGGGUGACGCCUUGCGUCGGUCAGGGAGAUGCCGCGGUACACGUCUUUCAGAAAUCAGGGCCCUCCUCUGUGGUUGAAUCACGAUGUGUGUGUGUGUCUGAGUGUGUGUGUGUGUGUGUCGCCACGUCCAUUCGUUUAGGAUUCGCUCACUUGAACGACAACCGGGGACAGAUUUUCUUUCCCGCGGCUCCACAGUACAAGUACGUACGUCAGUGCAGCGCUUUGAAUCUCUCUCUGCUUCUUUUUUUUGUGUUCCUUUUUUGUUAUAUUUUUUAAUAUUUUUUUUUUGAGAGCAAUGAGUUAUCGUUAUAUCAUUUUAAGUAUCUUUCUGAUAUUUUGUACAUAUUUUAAAACACUGAAUCAUUUUUGCGCUGAACCAUUUUGCACAAUCACCAACCAUCCACUCUGUUUUCUUUUUUCUUUUCUUUUUUUUUUUUAAGUAUUAUUGCCAGACACACUGCAACUGUUUCUCAAAGCGUUUUCCUCACGUGAGAAUCUGAGGAAUAUGCCUUUAAGCGAUUGAGCGGCGAUCGAGCGGCGAGACUCGCCUGCGGUCGAGACUCCACAUAAAGGAAGUACUGCGAGCGUUCGUGUGAUUUUUAUCGUGUCAAUCAGCCAAACUAUCCGAGCUUCGUGCUGCUGCUGCUGCUGUGAUCUGACAUUUUUUAGACAGUUUAGUGUUUAGUGAACCGGCUCGAACCUCCGUGAUUUGAGCUCCUGCUUCUGCGGCGUCUCUCUCUCUCUCACUCUGGGCUCUCUUUGAUAACUUAAUAUUUCCUAGCAUCCAAAAUAAGCUCAGAGUAUCCUCCAGUUAACUUUCUUGAAUAUCCAAACGGAUUCCUUUCAUCAAGAAGAAAUCCCGGUGUUCAAAUUUCUGUCUUAACAAACUCAACUCGGCAACUGCGACAAAUAUACGUGUGCGUGUUCAAGUUAGCCUCGCAGACCCAGCUCUCCCCUCCGAACCUCCCUCCCCUCCCGCUGCGUCGUACUCUGCAGGAGGUGUUUGAACGCUUCACCGUGGCUCUGUACUCAUUUCUCUUCUUCAUAUUGGAGGCAACCGUGAGAUCGGGGGAACAUCGGUGAUCUCGCCGGCAUCAGAUGCAUCAUCUCUUGUUUGGAUCACCUCGGCCUUAAAACUCUUGAUCUCAGACCCAGUCGCCUUUUUCUUUGCACAUCACUGUCACCGCCAGCCGUCGUCUCUCUCUCGCAUGAUCUCCCCCAACCCCCUCCCACAAGCACCAACUCUCUAGUAAUAAUGUCCACAUGUGCUCGUUAUAUCGUAGCCAUGUUAAUAAGUCACGAGUUGCUGUUUUUUUGUUAGUUUUUUAUAUAAAAACCCACAAGAGGGCCAGAAUGUAUGCUGAAUGGAAUGAUGCCUUUUUGAUUCUUUAUAGGGCCAUCUGUUUGGGGUUUUCCUUCUUUUUUUUUACCACGGCUCCCUUUCUCGUUUCGGUUGACUGUGAUGGCAAUGGGUUUCCUCACCUCCGAUACUCGUAUGAAUUUAUGGGUACUGCUGAAUCCAUCCCAUCCCAAAACGGAGAAGGAGGAGUGGGGGGCGGGGCUGCUUCCUUGUGGUCCUGAGCUGUGAGGAUGGGUAAGGAAGGGAAGGGGAGGGGAGGAGAGACAAAAUGAACUAUGGGGUGAGUCUGCCUAAAAAGGCUUUUCAGCUUUUUUCAGAAUCAAGACAGUGAAAAAAUUUUUGGGGCAGCAGACUCGCAGGAUAUUCUGCCAUCGACGUAACUCGUGAUGAAAGUCUAUUCUCCACGGUGGAGUGUUUUACGUUUUCGUGGCGCCAGCGUACCAGGUCAUCGACCUACAAACAUCAGAUGUAGUACUGCACCUUCACAAGCGCGUCUCUGCGCUUUUGACCUCCGUCGCCGCAGCGCCGCCUUGCUUUUUCGGGCGACUCACCCCCCCCCCCCGAUGUGAUGUGAUCGCUACUAUAGGCUCAUACAAUACUGUACAUAGAGAGUUCACUCUGUGAGUGCACAUUUGAUAAAAGUUUAUUUAUUUAUAUGUAAGCAUUUAAUAAUAAACAGACAAUAUAUUUAAAAAAAACCUAGACGUGUCGCGCGCACGUGGGAGGGAGGGAGGGAGGGAGUGUGUGUGUGUGUGUGUGUCUGUCUGUCUGUGUAUGCGUAUGCGUGUGCGUGUGUGGCUCUGGUCUACACGUACACCAGUGUGCAAAGUCUUGCCUGCGCUGUUGUCAGGGAGGGAAUAUUUUAAAAAAAGGAAAGGGAUGCUUCUGUUGUUUGGGACUAUUUUUUUCGUUUUUGUAAAAAAUAAAUAAAUUAAAUAAUCCAGACAUCCUUGCAUGAUGACAUAACAGGGGGUUUCCAGGUUUGGCUGCACUUGAGUUCACUUGGGUUUACAUUUGAAAUGUGCAUGUGUAUUUAUACACAAUCUUCAAUAAAGUUGUGUAAAGCUU